AUGGUGCAGCACCAUAAGCAACCAGCGGCAAAACUACAUGCGGCUUGCGAUGAGUGCCGGACACGAAAGUUGAAAUGCUCUGGCCACACUCCAAGAUGUGUUCGUUGCGAGAGAGAAAAGAUUGAUUGUGCUUAUUCGCCGCAGAAGCAGAUGGGUCGCCCCAGGAAACGAAUGAGAGAGGACGAACCGGACGAAAUAACGGGAUUACUUGCGGUAGUGCAAGACGACUUCACCAACGUCUGGAACGACUUCUCUGGUGUUCCAAAUUUGCUAGAUCUUGACAAUCUGACUUCUCCCUCACUUUUGCAAGACGUGCAAUCAUCAGAUGGGUCGGCAGGAUGCGGAAUCGUGACGCCACAGCACUAUGACUUUACCUUUCAAGAUCCGUCUGGAACGACAAUUGGGUCUGAUAACAUGUAUAAUCUGGACCCGCCCCUCGACCCAGCACUAUGGAAUUUACAACCUGACCUUCCACCUGACAUCCAGCCAACUAGUCUUCCCGAACCAGUCCCCGAUCAAUCAGAUCCAGAGCAGUGCUCGUGUCUUACGACGACAUGGUUGACUCUCACCGAGCUACAAGCUGUCGUUACCUUUCAAUUUCCCCAGGUUAUCAUACCCUUACGAAAAGCGAUGUCAGCGCUCUCGGAUCUAAUACAUUGUAAACAAUGUCCAAAGGAAUCAUAUUCCGCAAUCCAGAAUGUACAGUCAAUAGUGUCUGUGAUGAAAGCAAUAGUGGAACGCUUCAACAAAGUGUUGAAUGAGGUCAAUCGCGAGGCCGCGCGUAUGGAAGAGACUGGUCAGAAAAAACCAUUUCGGAUCGGAGAUAACAGCCAGGCUUUGCAACAUCUCCAUACCGGGACCCUUGACUGCCCGAUGGGGUUCAACAUUGAGAUUGAGGCAAAGGAUUGGAGGAGACUUGUCAAGACUGCGCUCAAGACGGAAAUUUACGGUGGAGGUAGCAAUCCACGACCACUGUUGGACUUGGUGAAGGAGAGCGAAGCGAGGCAAGAAACUUGGCAUAACGGGAAGCAUUCUUGGAGCGAUGAGAUGAGGCAGCUACAUGCUGGAAGACCUGAAUGCGAUAGUUCGACAAGCUGCGAGGCGUUGGGAGCGCAGCACAUACGGAGAGUUAUCAAUAACCUGAAUUGGGGUUGA